CCCUUUUUUUUUUUUCUUUUGGUUGUUGAACUAUUCUAGUAGUUCUUUGAGCUGUUUUUAUAUUAGUCUUUCUUUCUUUCUUUCUUCUUUCCUGGAAACGAUUUAGUACCCAUUUGAAAAAGCUGAAAUGGAAACUGGGUCAAUCUCAGAUUCACGAAAGGCAGAGCCUUCAAGAGGGAGAGUAACAAGCUUGGUUAAUGUUACCAAGAUCGAACCCUUUGUGCCUAGAGAUCAUAACCCAAAAGAGCUAAGAUCUUGGGCUAAAAGAACAGGUUUUGUCUCUCACUUAUCUGGAGAAACUGAUACUAGUUCCACUGGGUUUCAUAUGGAAAGAGGUGGCCGUGAUCAAAGAGCAGGUGGCUCAUCUCCAAUCGAGAUUGACCCGGUUGGCCGGACUAAACCCAAUAGAGGGAUUGAAUUGAAGCGGAUUCGGGGUCUGGGUCCGGGUCGGGUUCCGGGCAGGGAAGGAGAGCAGCUCCAGUAAGAAUGGAAUGGUUUGGGCGACAAAGUUGACGAAAGGAAAGCUGGGUUGAAUGGAAAUGCGAUUGGCAUUGGGAAUGGGAAUUUGCGUGUGGUGGAAAAUGGGAAUGGAAUGGAGUGCCAGGUGUUACACCAGUUGUCGGUGAACAGAAGCAUGGGAGGGAAAGGGUGAAAGGGAUGUGGAAGUUGGAUGUAUCCAGGAGGUGAACAGCAGGGUCAUGGAUGGUGCAGUGAUCGUCAUCCGGGGAUGAAGGUUGGUUUGAGAGAUAAUCCUGGCUUUGGAGCACUUAUAUAUUAUGGCCUGCAGCACUUUUUAUCAUUGGCAGGUUCACUUAUAUUCAUCCCAUUGGUAAUGGUACCAGCUAUGGGUGGAACAGAUAAAGAUACUGCCACUGUGAUUUCUACAGUGCUGCUGGUUUCUGGCAUUACUACAAUACUGCACUCCUACUUUGGUACUCGGCUUCCAUUAGUUCAAGGAAGCUCAUUCAUAUAUCUGGCACCAGCACUAGUUAUCAUUAAUGCUCGGGAUUAUCGAAAUCUCACAGAACAUAAAUUCAGGCACAUAAUGAGAGAGCUCCAAGGAGCUAUUAUUAUUGGUUCAGUAUUCCAAAGUAUCUUGGGAUUCAGUGGUUUGAUGUCUCUUUUACUGAGAUUGAUUAACCCAGUUGUGGUUGCACCAACUGUUGCUGCUGUGGGUUUAGCAUUCUUUAGUUAUGGUUUUCCACAAGCUGGUAGUUGUGUGGAAGUCAGUAUUCCCUUGAUAUUGUUAGUUCUUAUAUGUACUCUGUAUCUUCGAGGAAUAUCCAUUUUUGGGCAUCGGUUCUUCCGAAUAUAUGCAGUUCCCCUCAGUGUUAUGAUUACAUGGAUAUAUGCAUUCUUUCUAACAACUGGAGGAGCUUAUGAUUACAAAGGCUGCAGCCCUGACAUUCCCAGUUCAAACAUUUUAGUCGAUGAAUGUAGGAAACAUGCAUAUACCAUGAAGCAUUGCAGAACUGAUGUUUCAAAUGCAUGGAGAAAUGCCGCAUGGGUCAGAAUUCCCUACCCUUUACAGUGGGGUGUCCCUAUCUUCCAUUUUAGGACGUCUCUGAUCAUGAUCAUUGUGUCACUAGUUGCAUCAGUGGAUUCGGUUGGAACGUAUCACUCUGCAUCUUUGCUAGUCAGCCCAAAGCCUCCAACUCCAGCAGUAGUCAGCAGAGGCAUUGCAUUGGAAGGUUUCUGUAGCAUGCUGGCUGGACUUUGGGGUUCUGGUACUGGCUCAACAACUUUGACAGAAAAUACACAUACGAUCAACAUAACAAAGAUGGCAAGCCGAAGAGCUGUGGUAUUUGGAGCACUUUUCUUGAUCCUUUUCUCUUUUGUAGGAAAAGUGGGUGCAAUUCUUGCUUCAAUACCUUUGUCUUUGGCUGCUUCCAUCUUGUGCUUUAUGUGGGCCCUUGUUGUGGCUUUAGGCCUCUCAACGUUGCAAUAUACUCAAACAGCAAGUUUUAGGAACAUAAUCAUAGUUGGGGUGUCCUUGUUUCUUGGUUUAUCCAUUCCUGCCUAUUUCCAACAGUACCAACCUGAGUCGAGCUUGAUGCUGCCAAGUUAUUUUGUUCCAUAUGCAGCUGCAUCAGAUGGACCAGUCCGCACUGGUAAUAAACAACUUGAUUUUGCAAUAAAUGCACUCAUGUCCAUGAGCAUGGUGGUUACACUCUUGGUAGCAUUUGUUCUUGACAACACUGUGCCAGGCAGCCAGCAAGAACGAGGGGUGUAUGUCUGGUCUCGUGCUGAAGAUGUGUCAAUGGAUCCAUCUUCACAGGCAGAUUACUCCCUGCCUGGAAAAUUUGCCUCAACCUGUUGUUCAAGAUGUUUAUGUGCAUAAUAUUUAGCAGAAGAUAGCUUGUGCUUCACCUUAAAGAUUCUUUCAGGACAAGAAAAGUUAAGGCUUGAAGUUUCCUUGUUGGAAGGCCACGUCCUCAAUGUUGCGCAUAACAGAGCUUGGAGAUGGUUUGCGUCAAUGAUAGGGUGACAAUUACACAUCAGUAAUUCUUUUGCAACACGAAAUUCUUGGGAUUGAUUUGGUAAUAGCCUCUUUUGUAACUGAUUGUUCAAGUUGAAAAAUAGUUUAUAUUCUUUUAAUGAAAUGUUUUCGUGUAUGUA